AUGAACGCAGAAUACGCCCUGGCAGAAGCUAUAGGUGGAGACAACAAUGCAAGUCUCGAAAAGCAGAGAGAACAGACGGCAGCUCUCGAGGGCCAUGAUGCAGAUAUGCCUACAGAAACACAGUCCAUUGCCUCCACUGAAGCCUUUGCCACUCCCACUCGGGAAUCGCAUCCAAUUUUUCCCUCCCACGCGCCAUCACCAGCGCUUCCUGAAAGCCACAACCCUACCGCGACUGCGGAGACACAGUCUUUAGCAUCUACCACCGACGCAUUCUCAGAAGCUCCAGAACAACCCUCUGCUACAGCGUCUGUAGCAGCAGCAUCCAGCGUACCUCCCCAAGGUCAACACGCCGGUCUAUCUGCAAUAAACAAACCCUCUCCGGCUGGUCUAGCACCUUCGACAAUAUCCCAGUGGGUUCCUGAAAAGGCCUCAUCAUCGGCUUCUGAAGAUCGGAUGACAACAGGUAGAACGGUACCGGCAGCGCUUGGCGGAGUAGGGUUACCAAGCUUUGAGAAGGCUCUGACACCGGGACCGGACGAGAAACAUACACAGAUAGCCCCUGGGGCAGCGUCAGCCUCCGCAACAAAAGCAUAUCUAUCUGCGCCAGAGGCAAUUUCAUCAACGAAUCUAGAGAUAGUACCUGGUACGGCAUCUAAAGCACCGACGUCAACAAAGCCUGAAGUAAUACCAGCGUCAGUCCCAGAGACAGCACCAGACUUUGUUCCAGAAGCAGGACCAUCGACAGAUCCGGAGAAAGCAUUUGACUCGGUUCAUGAAGCAGCCAGUAACACAGACCCAGAAAAGGUACCUAUCUCGGCAUUCCUGGUGCCAAAUGGAAAAGCAUCACCCGCUGGCUCCAGCUUGGAGAAAGAAAUCGAUCUUGAAGCGGGCCAUCGCAGCGAAGACUCAGAUAAGAAAGAGCCUGAGACAAUAAAGACAGAGGCGGAUCCGAAUAUAGUGGACUGGGAUGGACCAGAUGACCCCCAAAAUCCCAUAAAUUGGUCCGAAAAGCUGAAGUGGGCCAACGUUGCGGUCAUUGCAUCCAUCACCUUCUUAACGCAAGUGAACCUCCAAGCUUCUCCCAUCGGGUACAAGAUGCUAAUAGAUAACAGUCCCUUGGCCUCUUCCAUGCUGGCACCUGCAGUUCCCGAAGUCAUGACAGAGUUCAAAUCGACCAAUGAAGAACUCGCCUCUUUCGUCGUUUCCGUCUACAUUCUUGGGUACGCCUUUGGUCCCAUAACUAUUGCUCCGCUUUCUGAGCUAUAUGGCCGUGUCCCCGUCUACCACGUCUGCAACGUCCUUUUCAUAGUUUUCACGAUUGCAUGCGCUGUGUCGAGUAACCUCAACAUGCUCAUUGGCUGGCGUUUCCUACAAGGGACUUUUGGUUCAUGCCCAUUGACUAUUGGUGGAGGGACGAUAUCGGAUAUGAUCAUUCAGCAGAAGCGAGGAGGUGUCAUGGCUAUCUGGGCUCUAGGCCCUUUGAUGGGCCCUGUGAUUGGACCUGUAGCUGGUGGAUACUUGGCUCAAGCAAAAGGAUGGCGGUGGAUUUUUUGGGUCAUCGCUAUGGCGGCGGGCGUGAUUACAAUUUCAGCCUUCCUCUCCCUUCGAGAAACAUACCCUCCCAUCAUCCUCGAGCGUAAGGCGAAGAAGCUCCGAAAAGAGACCGGCAACGAAAACCUCAGAUCCAAGUUGGCAUCUCCGCUUAGCCCAGCGGCCCUCUUUAAAGUCUCCAUUGUCCGACCCAUGAAGCUGCUGUUUUUUUCGCCUAUCGUUCUGGCGCUGUCUACCUAUAUGGCUGUGGUCUACGGAUAUCUAUAUCUUCUCUUCACUACGAUUACAGAGGUCUACGAAAAUCAAUAUCAUUUCAGUCAGGGCUCCGUUGGUCUGACGUACCUUGGCAUUGGAGUAGGGUCGUUGUUUGGGGUGGUCAUCUUUGGCAUUGCAAGCGACAGGAUUUUGAAGGCGAAGUCGAAGACGGGGGAAAUGAAGGCUGAGUACCGACUUCCGCCGAUGAUUCCGGGGUCUUUCAUUAUACCCAUUGGCUUGUUCUUGUAUGGAUGGACAGCAGACAAACAUGUUUUCUGGAUAGUUCCUAUCAUCGGUACUGGUAUGGUUGGAUUGGGCCUCCUCGCCACAUUCAUGCCCAUUCAAACUUACCUCGUCGACGCCUUCACCAUCUACGCCGCCUCCGCCCUUGCAGCUAAUACCGUCCUACGCUCUCUCAUUGGUGCAUUAUUACCUCUGGCCGGGCAAAAGAUGUACGCAACACUUGGUCUUGGGUGGGGAAACUCCCUGCUGGCAUUCAUUGCAGUGGCCAUGUGUCCUAUACCGAUUAUCUUCUACAAGUAUGGUGAAAGGAUAAGGAAGAGUCCAAGGUUUCAGAUCAAACUUUAG